AUGUCAGAUAGCGACGGAGAGUUGUGCUGCUCCUCGGUGCUUUACCGUGGGAAGGAUCAAUUGUUCUCCGUGCAAGGCCGGCAAACACAGAAGAUGUGUUCUGCUCACAAUCCAUGCUGCUACGCUCUACCGCAUUCCUCUGGAAGGCAGGAAAAGGCGAUUAAUGUUCUGCUAGCUAGCUCGGGUGAAUGGGUUUCCGUGCUUGGAAAGUCUCUCUCACAAGGUGAUCUCACGAUUAUACUGGCCCUAGAUCUACGUAAGACUACGCCUGGGAAUGCUCAGUCCUCACCCGCCAGUCACACAAAGGUAUGGCUUUCUUCCAAUAUCCUGGGUCGUCCACUGAACGCUUUAUCCAGAACCUUGGAUCUUUUCUCAAGAUCUACCACAAUUGAGCAGCCAUCAUUAGAUGGAAAUGAGUAUGUCGACAUGGUGGUAAACGGUAAAGAAAAGAAAACUGCGGGUACGCUAUCGUCGCAGGAGGAUGCCGUAACAUCAGGCGAAUUGUCGUUUGCGUACCACGGACAGUAUAAUAUUACAAGUGCUCCUUGGUUGGGGUUAAUAACUUUCACCGCGGUUCAGUACGCACACGUUAGGAUUGCUGCUACUGCAGCGGACGAAGAUUGUAUAGAAGCUCAUUGCCCUGCCACGUUCCGUGGUACCGGCUUCUGCGCAAAAGCCGAAGGGACACGCAUGAUGGUACAGUAUUUCAGUUUGCUUUUAGUAUUAUCUGCCGAACUCACACGCUACUUCACUCCAGCUAAGUCGCGGGUAUCACGGAUAGGGAAGAAUGCAUCUACUGGCAAGACAGACCACUGA